UUGUUGAUCUAUAUAUUUCUUAGGUCAUUGAAGAACAACCCUGCAUCUAACUUCCAGUUCUAGUUUAAUUUGCAUUGUUCCAUGGGUCACACUAAGCUUGUGAUGAAGAAAAUUGAGGAUCCAACAUCCCGUCAACAGUUCUAUUCAAAGCGCAAGGAUACCAUUCUUAAGAAGUCAAAUGAGUUGGCUGUUUUAUGUGAUGUUGAUGUUGGUCUUCUAAUGUUUUCUCCAGCGGGUGAAGUGACCAGCUAUUCUAGCAAAGAAAGUCUUGAGGAUGUCAUGCUCCUUGCUAUGAACAAGGCUGGUGAACUGAACAAGCGAUCUCCUGAAAAUCCAAAUGAACAGCCUUUGACGGAGAUUCUCACACAAUCAAAACAUGAAGGCAAAAUGGUGGAAAAGAUAGCGAUUGUUGAGAGCCAUGAGGAGAAGCUUAAUAAGCUUAAAGAAAGGCUAAGUGAAGCACAACAGAAAAUAAGGUAUUACGAACCACAAGUGGAGAAUAUCAACUCUGUCCAAGAAGCUGAUGCAUAUGAGAAGUUCAUUAGGAGUGCUAUGGAACUAAUUCAACUAUCAAAAGCAAAACUCUUGGGUGGCCAGGAAUUUCUCCAGAGAAAUGAAAAUGUUGCGGUGUCUUCUGUCAACGCAGUGGAUAUGGCUGCUGCAGGAACCAGUAGGGGACGGAUGUAUUGAGGAAACAGGCCGGAUCGCAGCGGGGAAGUAGCUGCGGGUGUCCAACAGCUGCAACAGGAAUUAUGUUAUACUAGUUUAUAGGUUAAGAACUUGGUAGAAUAAAUAACUUGCCCCUAUCAGGCAAGCAAAAGUAUGAAUAAUGUUGCAUUUGUCUAUUGUGAAUGCAACU